CGUGGUCCACCAUGCUCCGUACGCUCAUUGUAACUAUAUGCGUGUUAGCUCAGGGCCUGGCGUUGCCCACCAGGGCGCGGCCCGUGUUCUUUGGCCACGGUCGGGUCAUCGGAGGCAGUGAUGCCAGCAUCUCUGACUAUCCUUACCAGGCGUCACUGCUGCAAGAUGGCUCCCAUUUCUGCGGCGCUUCCAUCAUUAGCGGGACUUGGACUCUCACUGCCGCCCACUGCGUCUUGGGUACGUCCGCGAGCAGGCUGGGCAUGCGCGUAGGCACGACGACACGUGACAGCGGCGGCAGCGUUCACAGCGCGUCCUCUGUUACAUGGCACGAGAGCUACAAUUUCUACACGAAUGACUACGACAUCGCAGUAGUGCAGAUCUCGGACUCCUUCCCCCUGGGAGCUAACGUGCAGGUCGUGAGUCUGGCCGCCGCGAAUUACGACCCACCUGGCGGCCUCGCUGCCACGCUGACCGGCUGGGGCUCGGUGCAGUUCAACGGCGGCGUGGUGGACACCCUCCAGAAGGUGGACCUCAGCGUCAUGGACCGGCAGGCCUGCCAGAAUUACAUGGACUCGACGCCGUUGCCGCCGCUCGAGGUGACGCAGCGCAUGGUGUGCGCCGGCGAGGCGGGGCGGGCUGCGUGCCAGGGCGACUCUGGGGGUCCACUUGUCAGCGCCGGGACGCAGAUCGGCGUCGUCUCGUUCGGCAUGUACACCACCUGCGAGAGCUCCGGCACAGUGUUUGCCAACGUCGGCAACCUGCGCGCCUGGAUUACUAGCAAGACCAACGUUUAGCUGUCUAAUAACAAAUACUCAAACACAUUUACAACUCGGCUGUGUUACUCACUCUGUUUUCGAAAUCAUAUGAUUCGUUCUUCUGAUGCUGCUAAGUGAUGCCUUGAACGAUCGAGAUAAGAACAUGCUACAGCUUAAAGAAAUCAGAAAACAAAAAUUGAAGUGUCUGUUGAUUCUGAAAGAAACACCUGUCAACACAAACCACAAAACACAACGAAGCCUUUAAAAAAAAGUAUAUAUGAUAGUGAGCUUCAUUAAUUUCUUCCUUUAUGUGCUCAUAGUGUCCGUAGGUACUUUUCAGUUACUAUUGUAGGUACUUAAAUAACAUCUGUCCAUGAAACUUCCUCGCAGAUUAGAACUGUGUGCCAGACCGAGACUCGAACUCGGGACCUUUGCCUUUCGCGUGCAAGUGCUCUACCAAGUGAGCUACCCAAGCACGACUCACGCCCCGUUCUCACAGCCGUACUUCUGCCAGGAAGUUUCAUAUCAGCGCACACUGCGCUGCAGAGUGAAAAUCUCAUUCUGGAAACAUCUGUCCAACUACCAAAAAAAUUUAUAUCACUGUAA